AUGGAGAUCCACACUACAUACACAGUACGGAGUAAUAUAGAGAUCCACACUACCUACACAGUACGGAGUAAUAAAGAGAUCCACACUUCAUACACAGUACGGAGUAAUAUAGAGAUCCACACUACCUACACAGUACGGAGUAAUAUAGAGAUCCACACUACCUACACAGUACGGAGUAAUAUAGAGAUCCACACUACCUACACAGUACGGAGUAAUAUCGAGAUCCCCACUACAUACACAGUACGGAGUAAUAUAGAGAUCCACACUACCUUCACGGUACGGAGUAAUAUAGAGAUCCACAGUACAUACACAGUACGGAGUAAUAUAGAGAUCUGCACUAUAUACACAGUACGGAGUAAUAUAGAGAUCCACACUACAUACACAGUACGGAGUAAUAUAGAGAUCUACACUACCUACACAGUACGGAGUAAUACAGAGAUCCACACUACCUACACAGUACGGAGUAAUACAGAGAUCACCACUACCUACACAGUAUGGAGUAACAUAGAGAUCCACACUACAUACACAGUACGGAGUAAUAUAGAGAUCCACACUACCUACACGGUACGGAGUAAUAUAGAGAUCCACACUACCUACACAGUACGGAGUAAUACAGAGAUCCACACUACCUACACAGUACGGAGUAAUAUAGAGAUCCACACUACCUACACAGUACGGAGUAAUAUAGAGAUCCACACUACCUAUACAGUAUGGAGUAAUAUAGAGAUCCACACUACCUACACAGUACGGAGUAAUAUAGAGAUCCACACUACCUACACAGUACUGAGUAAUAUAGAGAUCCACACUACAUACACAGUACGGAGUAAUAUAGAGAUCCACACUACCUACACGGUACGGAGUAAUAUAGAGAUCCACACUACCUACACAGUAAGGAGUAAUACAGAGAUCCACAUUACAUACACAGUACGGAAUAAUAUAGAGAUCCCCACUACAUACACAGUACGGAGUAACAUAGAGAUCCACAAUACCUACACAGUACGGAGUAAUAUAGAGAUCUUCACUACAUACACAGUACGGAGUAAUACAGAGAUCCACACUACCUACACAGUACGGAGUAAUAUAGAGAUCCACACUACCUACACAGUACGGAGUAACAUAGAGAUCCACAAUACCUACACAGUACGGAGUAAUAUAGAGAUCUUCACUACAUACACAGUACGGAGUAAUACAGAGAUCCACACUACCUACACAGUACGGAGUAAUAUAGAGAUCCACACUACCUACACAGUACGGAGUAAUACAGAGAUCUCCAGUACCUACACAGUACGGAGUAAUAUAGAGAUCCCCACUACAUACACAGUACGGAGUAACAUAGAGAUCCACAAUACCUACACAGUACGGAGUAAUAUAAAGAUCUUCACUACAUACACAGUACGGAGUAAUACAGAGAUCCACACUACCUACACAGUACGGAGUAAUAUAGAGAUCCACACUACCUACACAGUACGGAGUAACAUAGAGAUCCACAAUACCUACACAGUACGGAGUAAUAUAGAGAUCUUCACUACAUACACAGUACGGAGUAAUACAGAGAUCCACACUACCUACACAGUACGGAGUAACAUAGAGAUCCACAAUACCUACACAGUACGGAGUAAUAUAGAGAUCUUCACUACCUACACAGUACGGAGUAAUAUAGAGAUCCACACUACCUACACAGUACGGAGUAAUAUAGAGAUCCACACUACCUAUACAGUACGGAGUAAUAUAAAGAUCCACACUACCUACACAGUACAGAGUAAUACAGAGAUCGCCACUACAUACACAGUACGGAAUAAUAUAGAGAUCCCCACUACAUACACAGUACGGAGUAACAUAGAGAUCCACAAUACCUACACAGUACGGAGUAAUAUAGAGAUCUUCACUACAUACACAGUACGGAGUAAUACAGAGAUCCACACUACCUACACAGUACGGAGUAAUAUAGAGAUCCACACUACCUACACAGUACGGAGUAAUAUAGAGAUCCACACUACCUAUACAGUACGGAGUAAUACAGAGAUCCACACUACCUACACGGUACGGAGUAAUAUAGAGAUCCACACUACCUACACAGUACGGAGUAAUACAGAGAUCCCCACUACCUACACAGUACGGAGUAAUAUAGAGAUCCCCACUACCUACACAGUACGGAGUAAUACAGAGAUCCCCACUACCUACACAGUACGGAGUAAUACCGAGAUCCACACUACCUACACAGUACGGAGUAAUACAGAGAUCCACACUACCUACACAGUACGGAGUAAUACAGAGAUCCCCACUACCUACACAGUACGGAGUAAUAUAGAGAUCCACACUACCUACACAUUACGGAGUAACCGAGGAGUCUGUACUAAAGGAAUUACCACAGUAUGA